GAAAAUGUUUUAAUAAAACGAAUAAAAUCCAGAGAAAAACAAAAGCACAGAAUUGCUGAAACAACAGUGAAUCCCAGAGGAAAACACCGAAAUAUGGAAAAGUAUUACAAAAACAAGAACAAAGGAGAAAUAUUGCUAAACAAGAAUAAAUCCCUUAGGAAAACUCGACAAUACAGAGAAGCAACACUCAAACUAAAAUAAAUCCCGGAGGAAAACACAAGUAUUAUUAAAACAGCAAUAAAUUCCAGAGGAAAACACAAAAAAAGGAGAAGUACUGCUAAAGCAAGAAUACAAUUCUGAGGAAAACAAAACAGUAAGAAGUAUCGCUAAAAGAAGAAUAAAUCGCAGAGGAAAGACGACAAUAAGGAGAAGUUUUACGAAAACAAGAAAAAAGGAGAAAUAUUACUACACCAAGAAUAAAUCCUGGAGGAAGACACGACAAUACAGAGAAGUAACACUAAAACUAAAGUAAAUCCCCGAUGAAAACGCAACAACAAGUGUUACUAAAACAUGAACAAAUCCUAGAGGAAAACACCACAAUAAGGAGACGUACUGCUAAAACAAGAAAAAAUCCCAGAGGAAAACGCAACAACAAGUGUUACUAAAACAAGAACAAAUCCUAGAGGAAAACACCACAAUAAGGAGACGUACUGCUAAAACAAGAAAAAAUCCCAGUGGACUUGACAAAAAUAAGGAUAAAACAAUAAUAAAAUUCUGAGGAGAACACCACAAUGUGGAUAAGUAUUAACAAAACAAGAAUAAAUCCAGAGGAAAACACAAGUGUUACUAAAACAAGAAUAACAUCCAGAGGAGAACAAAAAAAGAAAAAGUAAUAAUAAAACAAAAAAAAAGAGAGGAAAAAGCACGACAAUACAGAGAAGCAACACUUAAACUAAAAUAAAUCCCAGAGGAAAACGCAACAAGUAUUACUAAAACAAGAACAAAUCCCAGAGGAAAACACAAAAAAGGAGAAGUACUGCUAAAGCAAGGAUAAAAUUCUGAGGAAAACAAAACAGCGAGAAGUAUCGCUAAAAGAAGAAUAAACUGCAGAGGAAAAGACGAUAAUAAGGAGAAGUUUUACGAAAACAAGAAAAAAGGAAAGCACAAACAUUCUGAGCAGAACACAACAAUAUGAAUAAGUAUUAAUAAAUCAAGAAUCAAUCCCAAAGGAGAACAAAACAUUAAGUAUUAGGUACAAAACUGAUUUAACUCACAAUAAGGAGAAUUAUCACUUAAACAAGAAUAAAAUCCUGAGAAAAUUAUGACAUUAAAGGAAAGUAUUGUUAAAACAAAGAUAAAUUCCAGAGGAGAACACAAAAAAUUGGAAAAGUAUUACUAAAACAAGAUUAAAUACAAGAGGAAAACAAAAAAAAAAAAAAAAUAUGGAGAAUUAAUCCUAAAACAAAAAUAUAUCCAAGAGGAAAACAUGACAAUAUGGAUUAUGUACAAACCUGAUUGACAAAAUUGAUUGUAACCACAACAAGUAUUACUAUAACAAGACAAAAGUCCAGAGGAAAACACAAAAGCAUGGAGAGGAAUUACUAAAACAAGAAUAAAAUCCUAGAGGAAAACACCACAAUGUGAAAAAUAUUACUAUAGAACUACUCAAUAAUAAAAUCCAGAAAUAUAGCAAAACAUUUUAGCUAAAACAAACAUAAAAUCCUGAGGAAAACACAACAAUAAGUGGAAGUAUCCUUAAAACAAGAAUAAACCCCAGAGGAAAACAUGACAAUAUGGGUUGUGGACAAAACUGACUGACAAUAAGGAGACGUAUAACUAUAACUAAAGCAAAUCGAGUGAGAGGAGAACACCACAACAAGAAGUAUUACUGAAAGAAGAAACAAACUGGGGAAAACUCAAUAUGGAGAAGUAUUAAUAAAACAGAGAAGUAUUAUUAAACAGAGAAGUAUUAAUAAAACAAGAAUAAAUCCCAGAGGAAAACGCCACAAUAAGCAGUAAUACUAAAACCAAAACACUCAAGGGAUGGAGUUUACACGAAAAUAUCUGCCCCUGGAAUGGGAGGAGCGCUGGAGGAGAGAGAAAGAGCGCAGGAAAAGGAUGAUGGAAGAGGGAGGAGAGAAGUUUGAGGAGGAGGAGAAGCGAAGGUUAAAGUGGAUCGUGUCCUACAACGACGGCAGGAUGGGAAUGAAAGAGAAGGAUAAUGAACACGGUAAUGCUGAGGAAGAUGAACCAAUGCACAGGUAUCGCAGGCAGAGUUAUGCAAGUGAGAUCCAUCAGACUCUAUUGGAGAUGAAGAUGGCGGACGUUCUCACAGAUCUGACCCUCAGCACUGAGGAUGGGAUGAGCGUUCGUGUUCAUUGGCUUGUCCUGGCCGCGGUGAGCUCCAUCAUCCAGGAGAAAGAUGAAGAUGUGAAGGAGAUCUCGUUGAGUCCUGAGGUGUGCAGGUCUGGUUUGGUUGCAGUGGUGGAGUUCGCCUACACUGGAGGCAUCAGUAAUCUGAAUAUAGACAACAUGAUGCAGAUUCAGACGGCAGCGGAGAGUCUGGGAGCUCCAAGAGUCCUGGAGCUGCUCAAAAAAGAGAAUAAAGGAGAUGAAGUGAGGAAGAGCUUAGCUGAAGAGCAGAUGACGGUCGGCCUGCAGUGCAUGAAGGAUUUUUGGGAUAAGAGAUUGAGGUGUGAUGUGAAGCUGAUUGCUGAAGGAACUGUUUUCCACGCUCACAGGGCGCUCCUGUCAGCCAGCAGUGAAUACUUCAGAGGGAUGUUCACCAGAGGGAUGAAGGAGAGUCGUGAGGAGUCUGUGUCUCUACUAUCAGCCGGAGCCGCUGAGCUGGAGAUCCUCCUCAAAUGCUGUUACAGCGGUGCUCUGGAGCUCAGCUGGAGCUGUGUGUUUGAGCUGACCUGCACCUCUCUGCAGUUCCAGUUCCAGCCCGCUGUCUCGCUCUGCCUUCAGUUUCUGCAGCAAGAAAUGGACGUACACAACUGCCUAGAUGUUGCGUCAUUCGCUGAAGCCUACGGGAUGGUGGAUAUAAUGGAGAUGGCUGAGGAUUUUGUCUUGAGGCACUUUCAGGAGAUUUCAGCCACCCCAAAGUUCCAGGACCUGCCAGCAGAUAAGCUCCUGCAGUUCCUCCGCUGUGAUGCUUUGUCUGUACCGUCAGAACUGGCGGUUUUUCGAGCGGUUGUGUCUUGGAUUGAGACUGAUCCUGCUGAGCGUCUCCUGCAGGCUGAGCAGCUCAUGAAAGCAGUGCGUUUCCCAUUCAUGACCUUCAGAGAAUUUCAGGAAGUCCGAGCAGUUAACCUGACCAUGGAGUGUAGCGGGGAAUACGACGUUGAACUCUAUAAAUCAGCGCUGAAAGAGUUUGGCGUUUCUGAUCAUGUAGCACAGCAGCGUGUUCGUUACCCAAAAGACGCUCUGGUUUUGGUUGGCGGUGAUGAACUGGAUGCUGAUAAUGGUCGAAGGCGGCCCAGUAAGCAGCUCUGGUUUGUGAACUCUCUGCGGAGCGGGACUGGACUUGUGAAGCAGAUGGAGUGGAGACUGCUGGGAGAAAUGCCAGAUCAGGCCAGAUUCAGACACGGCGUUGGAGUCCUUAAUGGACAACUAUAUAUCGCUGGAGGAUGCUACUUCUACUCAAAGGCUGACAUCAUGAAGUCUGUGUACAGGUACGACCCUGUGCGAGAGCAGUGGGAAAAGCUGUCAGAUCUUCUGGAGCUCAGGAGUAACUUCACACUGGUGGUGAAUGGAGAAAACCUGUACGCAGUCGGAGGAGACAAAGAAAUCAACACAAACCUGGACAGCGUGGAGAAAUACUCACCAGAGACUAAUUCCUGGAGCUUCACUCAUCCUCUAGAUCAAGCCUUAAGCGGUCAUGCUGCCACCGUCUGCGGAGGCGAAAUCUUCAUCUCUGGUGGUUUUAAUUGCAAAUACGAAUGCUUGGUGUCCAUGUCUGCCUACCAUCCUUUAAGAGGAACCACAUAUCUCUCGGAUAUGAUCCACGAUCGGGCCCAGCACUGCAUGGAGAGCCUGAGGAACCGAAUAUAUGUGGCCGGCGGAGUGUGCAACCUUCGGAAAUUCUACACCAAUCAGCUAUCCUGUGAAGUAUACGACCUCGUACAUGAUGUCUGGACUGAAUUCACUGCUUUGCCUGUGCCUCAUGUUGGCGCUGCCUCUGCAGUUCUGGAGGAACGGCUGUAUAUUUUGGGUGGAUACUGUCAGGAGGAUUAUAGUGAAGCCAGACUCGCUCACAGAUAUGACCCUGUGACGCACAGAUGGGACAGCAUGGGGAAAAUUCCAGGUCCUGUCACGGAUAUACGUACAUGUCUCCUAAAACUGCCUGAACACAUCAGAAAAUAAUACAAUUGAGGAGUAUGUGCUUGUUAGGGGUGUCCGGACUGAUCCUAAAGUAUCGAUAUGGGCAAAAUUGUCAUUAUUUACUAUCAAAUUUUCAAAUAUUUACUUCAAUAGGAAAAGCAUUAGAACUAUAAUAUUCUGUUGUAUCUCUACUAAUGGGUCAGUGUUUGCUCACAGACACACACAGUUGUAUACAUGGUUUAGAACAGGGUGGUCAAACUCAGUUCCUGGAGGGCCGCAGCUCUGCACAGUUUAGUUUCAACCCUACUCAACACACUUGCCUGUAGGUUUCAAACAAGCCUGAAAGACAGGUGUGUUUUAUUAGAGUUAGAACUAAACAUGUCCUGGUUUAGAGGGAAACUCCAUAGGCUUAAUGUAUAGACCUUUUUCUUGGCUGCUGAUUGGAGGGCGCCAUAGCGGCCAGCUUCUUCCGGUAGAAUGGUUAGAACUUCUGUUUAUAGCGUUUACAACUGGUAAUUUGUGCUCCGAAAAUGGGUUUCAAUAGUGUUUUUAAUGUAUUACGGAGUGUUUUUGUGACACACGACUUACCGUACGUUCACACCGAAAGGGGCGAGAACGUCCAAGGUUGCUCUGGCCGCCCUGGCGACAACGCUGCCUGCCUUCAGCUCCGGCGGCGAGAGCGUCAAAACUCGCUACAUUGAUCUCGUAUUUAAAGGAGCC